CGCAAGCUGUCUAUGGUAUAUUGUCAAAAUACGAAAAUCAGUUUCGGUAUUUGUUAAAUUUACUUUUAUCUAAAUAAAACAAUGGCAAUUGUAGAAGAUGGACUGCGAAAUGAUUCUGAAGAAGAUAAUGAAAUAGAAGUGUAUGUUGAGGAUGACGAUGCUGAACAAGAUUCUGAUGAUUCAGAUGAUGACGACGAGGAGGCGAUAGAAAAGAAGAUAACGGAUUUAGAGAUCCGGGUAUCUGAAGAACCAUACAAUUAUAGUGCCCAUGUUGAAUUAAUACAAACUUUAUGGAAAUUAUCAGAACUGGACAAAUGGCGUUCUGCCUACGAUCGAUUUCAGCAAACAAUAUUACUACAACCAGACGAUUGGUUGGUGCGUCUUCAGACAGAAGUGACUCUGGCACAUUCCGCACAGUCUAUUGAUUUUAUGGUUGAUCUGUUUAAUCAAGCAUGUUAUGACUGCUAUUCCAUUUCAAUUUUUAAUCUAUGGUGUUCUUGGGCAAUGACACUUGGUACAGAAGAUGCUAGAGCACAAAUAGAGGAAGUACUCAAAAGAGCUGGUUCUGAUCCUUUUUCUGGGAAACUGUUCUGGGAAGCUAGAUUAGAACUGGAGAAAACUAAACUACAAUCAUUGGGUGAAGACCAUCCAGAUCUAAACAGUCAGAAGCAGCAUGUUCUGUGGGUGUUAGAGGAAGUGGUAUCCCGUCCAUUGCUGCGGGGUGAUGAAGGCUGGCAGCCGUUUGAAGAGAUGGCUUUAGAGCUCAAGGACCAGAGUUAUGUUGAUAAGGUUAAAAAACAACAUGAAGCGGCAAUUGAAUAUCUAAAUAAAAUCACGCCAUUUGAAGAUAAACUAUUAAUAUCGAAUGAUAGGAUGGAAAAAACUAAAAUAUACGUGGAAUAUAUUGAACUUGUUAAGGAAUUAUCGAAACAGGAUAAAUAUUUGGAAUGUGACAGCAAUAGUAUUCUAAGGGUGCUAUACGAGCGUGUGAGUACGGAGGGCCGGCCGUGCGACACGUUCUCGGAGCUGAUGGUGGAGUACGCGCGGCACGCGCAGCGCCACUGCUCGCGGGCGACGACGCGCCGCGUGCUGGAGGCCGGCGUGCGGCGCUGCCCCACCGCGCACACCUUCUGGUCCCUCAAGAUACAGCAGGCGGAGCACGAGGACGCUGACUUUGAUGAGGUUAAAUCGAUAUUCGAAAUAGCGCUAACAAAAAGGAUGGAGUCAUAUUCUCAUUCGGAAUCACUUUGGAUGACUUAUCUUGAAUUCUGUAGACGGAGAACAGAUUUUGAUAAAGAAUCAGAUGUAGAUAGAUUGCGACGUACAUUCAGACUGGCUUGGGAUUCACUUGCUGAGACUUGGGGCAAUGAAGCAAAUGAUUGUGAGUUACCGUUGUUUUGGGCGCACGUCGAGUACAAGCGUAUAAAAGAUCCCAAACAGGGGAAAGAAAUAUUUGAAGAAAUAUUCAAAUACGGUGAGAACGUGACGCUGUGUAAGUACUGGGAGCCGCUGCUGCAGCUGGAGAGCGAGCGGGUGUGGGGCGAGGCGGCGGGGGCGGGGGCGGGGGGCGCGGGCGCGGGGACCGCUGGCCAGCAGCGGCUGCGCGAGCUGCACCAGCGCGCGCUGCGCUGCGUGCAGGACUACCCGCCCACCAUCGCACGCCUCUGGACCAACUUCGAACGACUCUACGGACACCUUGAUAAUGUCAAGCACUGCGACAAUCUAUCCAAUAAUAAAAUAAAAGAAUGGCGUAAAAAUUACCAAACUAUGAAAGAUAAAAUGAUUGGUGGUGCGCAGAAAGGUAAACAGGCUCUGAAUAAAAAAACAAAGUUCGAUGAUAAGAAAAAGGUAAAUGACAAGCAGCAGGGUAAAGGGAAGAGGAAGUCAGGGGAAGGGGACGGGGAGGGAAGUGGGGUGAAGAGGAAAAAGGACACCGAGAUGGAGGUAGACAAAGAUAUUAGUGGAGUAAAGAGAUCUCACGAGGCAGAUGAUAAAGAAGACAAAGACAAUAAGCGACAAAGGACAGAUAGCUCUUCAAGUGGCCCUGUGUCCGCGGGCAGGGAGGCCUGCACGCUGUUUGUUAGCAAUCUAGACUUUAAGGUGAACGAGCAGAACUUACGAGACAAGUUGUCUGAGUACGGCGACAUCGUGUCCCUGCGACUGAAGGCGGGAGUAAAGGCUUUCGGGGGAUCCAUCUGUUAUUGCCAGUAUAACAAUCCGGAAUCAGUAGAAGAGGCUAUCAAACACGACCGCACGCCGUUAGACGGGCGGCCGAUGUUCCUCUCGAAGUAUUCAGUUAACAAAACUAAAACAUUCAAAUACGCGACCACCGCGGAGAGGAACAAGCUGUUUGUACGCAACUUGCCCUACGAACACUGCACUAAGGAGGCGCUAACUAAAGUAUUUGAUAAAUACGGAAAACUUAAAGAUAUCAGGAUUGUCACAUUCAAGGACGGGAAACCUAAAGGAUUAGCGUACAUAGAGUAUGAAGACGAGGCGAGCGCGUGCGAAGCUCUAAAGCAGAGCGAUGGUCUGCAGCUGGGCGACAGGAAGCUGCAGGUGGCGGUCAGCGAGCCCCCGCCUAAGCCCACAGCCGCGCCCACGCCCACGCUGGGACAGCCCAAACGAGACGCCGCUGGCGGCAUGCGACGUACGCAGUUGAGCAGUUUUAUACCGAGUGUGCUACAGAAGCCAUCCACAAGUAAAGCUGCCAAUGGACAAGAUAAUGGACAUGACAAGAAACCUCUCACAAAUACUGACUUUAGGAAUAUGCUGCUUAAGUGAACCGAAGCGAAGAGAUAAUAAGUUAAUUAAGUUAACUGUAAGCAUAACUUUUCGAAAAUAAGUUAAAUUGAUUGAGGAUUGCGUUAUCGCCAUCUAUCGGUCAUUUGUGAAUUAAAAUUCAAGCUAAUUUUGGUUAAGAUUUUUGUCUGAAUUAGAAAUAACCUUAAAAGGGAAUUUAGUUAAUUAAGAUUACAUACACUUGUAUAUUUUUGUCUUCUCAAUAAUAAUUACUAGGAUUGUUAAAAGGUUUCUGAUAUUACAAUAUCGAAAUGCGUUAAAAGUUGCUAAAAACGUCUAUUUGUAUAUCGUUUUUUUUUUUAAUUGGUAAAAAUCUAAUGUUAGAUUUAUUUUUGUUAUUGAUUUGAACAAAACUAUAAGUACGAGGUUAAUUUUAAAACACGUGCGAUAUUUUAAUUACCCACGAGUGAAAAUUGCUUUCUCUACACACUUUUAAUGGAAACUUAAUAUUUUAUGUAGACUUUAUAUUAAAAAUAGCACUAACUGUCAAAUGUUCGGUUUCAGAACGUCAUUUUGAAUGUCAAACUGUCAAUUUGUUGUCAAAUAAUGUCAAAUUGGAAUCCAAAUUAUUGUAAACAACGAUAAAUUAAAAUUAAUCUUUCAGAAAAAUUAAACCAUAAAUAAAUUUUAAUCUCGUCAAAAAGCUAUUGAAGUUUUGUCUGAAGUUAGCUGAAAGCCAACCAAUUUAUACGGAGUGUGCGAGCGAGAUGAAAUACGUUUUGAAAAUGUCUUGUGACGUUUAAUUAUUGCUCUUAGACACUGUGGUCAAUAUUGUAAUACAAAUAAGUUAGUUUAAGUGAUUUUUAUAUAACAAACACGAAAUACGCUGGUUGUAUUCUAAAUAAUUAUUAACUAUAAAGUUUAUUUUGCCUUCGAUUAGUAUGUUUUUGUUGCCUCUACUCGUCUAAAGAUUAUAUAGAUGUAAGAAUCUUAAGGAAUAAAAGUAUUUGUAAUAA